UACCCAUUGGAAUCUCAAAUUACAUCAAGGACGUGCUGAUCAACUCAAUCGGUAUUUGACCAAAGAAGAUACCAUCUCAAGCAUCAAGAUCAAGUCAUAAUCUGUACUUCUUCACCGACGCGCGAACAAUAUCAACAUCUGCACGCGACACCAUUGUAGCCAUGGCAGGUCAUUUACCGUCACACCCAGGUGUGGCACCUCUACAACACUACGCGAGCACAGUCAGCGAUAGUGGAUCCUUCUCUGGUACAAUCUCACAGUCGGAACUUUCAGACUCGGGACCAUCGUAUAGCGUUGAGACAAGGAGCAUUGCAGGCGUACUCACCCCACCUCAAAACCGCAAGGGCCUCACCAAGGAUGGACGAGAAGCCAAGAAACGCGGUCCCAAGCAAGACAGUAAGCCGGCAGCCAAUAGAAGGCAAGAGAUGAAUCGCAGAGCACAGAGAACCCAUCGUGAACGUAAAGAACAAUACGUCAAAGAAGUGGAAGCACAAAACCUUCGAAAUCAGGAGCUGAACAUAGCCCUCUUGAGAGAGAAAGAAGCCAUGGCCCGAGAACUCCAGCGUCUACGGGAUCUCCUCAUUUCACACGGUUUGAACCCCGAUGAUGUGCCGCCGUCACAUUCGGGCGGCGGCGGCAACGCUGGCGGCGGUGGUGCUGCACCCAGCUCCAGCGGUAGCGUCUCAGGGAGCUAUGCCAUGGAUUCCGCAAGGAGUCAAUUCACCCCGAGCACGAGCCCUCAGCAAUUCGAUACGCCGUCUUCGUAUCAUAAUCAAUCAGGUGGGGGCUAUUCACGCACUGAACAGCCUUCUCUGGACUAUGACCAGAUCGGUCUCAAAUUCGUUCUACAUCUCGAACGCCCCUGCAUGGACCACCAACAAUACCUACACAACCGGGCCUUCAACCCGGAAAACCAACCCUUCCACCACCCCGCCGAGAACCCCGACGACAGCGAACACGAGCACAUGUGCGGCCACGCGCUGAUGUGUUCCGCCAUGCCGUACAGCCACACCAUGGAGCGACCCGGCGAGCCCUACCCCUUCCAACUGCCGCCCGAUCUCUCCAAGGACGGCCUCACCCGCCUGAUCAACCUGUGGGGCCAGACGAAUUUGAACUUCGACCGCAAUGGCGAGAUGAACCCCAUCAUGGCGUGGCAGUGGAUUUGGAAACACGAACGCAUCCGGGAGCUCAGUCCGGAGGACUUUGAGAAGUUAGAGGGCCUGUUGGGGACGAAGAGUCGGUGCUAUGGCUUCGGAGCCGUGGUCGAAGAAUUCGAACUCCACGAUGCCAUGGCCCAGAUCCUCGCCGAAAGGGAAGAUACCGUUCCACAGCUGGCUUUUGGGUUCUCGCAGCAGCAAAUCUCCGCCUACUAGAUCGUAGCUGUUCGGUCCGGCCCGCUAGCUCGAGAAAUGGGCGUUGGGAGGUUCGUAGAAGGGAUAGGAUUUCGAUCCUCGACGUUUCUCUUCGGAUCUCUUCUCUCGGAUCGAGAUUCCUGGCACCUUGCAAGGAGAGAUUUGAGGAAGGUCAACGCGCUCGGGAGUUUCUCUUUCAGUCUUCCCAAUGAAGUCGGGGAGGAACACGGCGAAGUUGCCUGUCUCUCGGAGAAGGUGGUUGAAUGGUUCAGAUCUUGACGUGGGCUGAA